AUGGCUCCUGCUGACGUGGUAGGGGACCAAGAGGACUCUGUGGAUGAGGUUCAGCAUAUGGAUAAUUCUGGAAAUGAGGGGUCACCAGACAACGGGGUAGAAAAGGUGAAAGUGGACUUUGGCCAUCAUGCUGAAAAGAAAGAGGGAGAGUCUGCAGUUUCCGACAAAACUGGUCUUGAUACUGGAAGUAAGGUACCUGCUGAUCUUCGCCUAUCUCUUUCUCUGUCCUAA